AUGGCCACUAUUGCUCCGCCACAUUCCUGCGACGCGACCUCUCGCCGCCGCACCUGGUCGCAUGCCCUACUGCCUUCCAUCAGCACGGACGACAGUUGUGCCAUCUGCCUUGACCCGCUGACCCGAACGGCGACUCAGGAUCAGCGUCCCGUCCGCCUCAAUAUAUGCCGACACGUCUUUCACCAAGCUUGCAUUGCCGACUGGCAGCGGCAGUCCGACGCGUGCCCGCUGUGUCGCAGUCGGGAUCCAAACGCCCCCAUUUUCUGCCGCCUGCUGGCCCGCGUGAGCAGCUCCUAUGCGCCUGGCUACAAACCCGCCGACAUUGACGCGACCAUUCUGGAGCUCUCCCGCAGCUUUAGUAACAUUGAGCUUAACAGCACCACCCUGCCCGAGCUCCGCCUGCGACUGGACGGUCUGUUUCUCCGGGUUCAAGAGGCCGGAAUGCCCGAUGCCAAAGGCUUUUCCAUCAAUCUGCAUUUUGUCGUGGGUUGGCAUGAUCUUGGCCGCGUGCUGGUGCUCGACGUCAAACCGGCUUUUCAGAGCCCAAUCAUCCAUUUUGUGUUCCACUUUGCAUCCCGCUCCAUUGAUGCGCCGGUAGAUAUUGAAGAAACCCGAGAGCUUCUUGCAAACCUGCUGGAAGGCGAUGGCAGCGAAAUUCGUGGCACGCUGGCGCAACACAUUCAGCAGCUGAUGGAGCUCUUCACGCUCGCGUACGUGACGUGCCGUGUGUGA